GAUAAAUAAAAUAAAUAAUAAAUAAGGGUACAUAAAAAAUAAAUAAAAUAAUUAAAAAAAAACUUAAGAGGCACAAGUGAAAACACCAUAAUAAUAUAUUCUGUAAUUACGGUCAUCAAAAGUGCGCAAACAUGCCGACGGCGACACAUUUAGGUUUUUUAAACGUCACAGAAUAAUAACACGGCUAUAAUAAUUUUGCUUUAACAAAUCAUGUUAUACGAAUCCGACAACUUGUACUUUGGAAAACUGUCAGUUUUCCAACAUUUUACAGCAUAACUUAUACAACUCAGUAAAACAAUGAAGGCGUCUCACCAUAUAAGAUAUAAUUAUUACGACACCAUGCUUCAAAGGGUUUUUCAGAUACUAACAAACAGAAAGAGCCAUUGUGCUAAAGUGACUUAUUUAUUUUUUCACCCCCACGGUUUCCUGAGACAGGAGCAGCCUGUUUGACUGUUGCCAGGCAACGAAUCAACAGUACUGAUGCGGAGUAGACAGAUGUGGAAAUGUCGUCCAGUUACUCGGCGAACCAGUAUGAGAGCGCAUUCAAGUCGCAGAGGCUGCAGAACUGGUGUGAGACCAAGCGCUUGAAAGAGAGACCCAGUGCACAAGUGGGCCACACUGCUUUCAUUGCAGAUGACAGAGGACAUCUGCUCCCAGGAGUGGUGAAGAGGGGCAGCGCGUGGCCUGACUUUAAAGGCACCUGGGAUCUACCUGCUGGCAUCCCAGCCCACCGCAUCAACCCAACAGCUCGCUCUGAGGAGGGCCUCAACAGGCUCAGGUCCUGGGGGUUUUACCCACAGCACACUGACAACUCCAAGUCACCCAGAGGCAGCAGAAGCAAGGAAAGGCUGCGUGUGUCCAAACAGACGGACGAUGCACCCGAAGCUCGACCGGCGUCUCAGAGCCCGUCUGAGGCCGCGAGAGCCACCAGCCACAGCCAGGACUCACAAGCAGCCGUGGCCGGAUCUGGGGACGAGCCUGUUGAAGACAAGCAAACCACCGAGGCUGCGGGGAAGGACGGGCCGCAGAGCCGGAGGUCGCCCGCUGAGGAGGAGCCGACUUUGACUCCCGCCGUCGGCGAGGUGACCCCCAGCAGACCCGACACCGGUGAGAGAAGAUCAACCGGCGCCGGGUCAGCCGGCCGAGCAUCGUCCUCCGGGCAGAGACACACUUAAAGACCAGUGAACAUCAUUUAAUUAAAGCAUCAAACAACCUAUAAAAAUACAUUUCAACA